AUGUCGUUGAAGAAGGAGACACCCUCUGACCAGCUUCUCCACCUGGCGUCAUUGCAGGGGAAUUUGGAGCAGCUGAGGAAAGUAUUGGACAGCGGCAGAGUUCAUGUAGACUGCAAAGAUAAAGAGGGGACAACUCCCCUUAUCUUAGCCUCUGCUAACAAUCACCUGGACUGUGUUAAAGAACUCCUAAAACAAGGGGCUGACCCUGGAGCAAGGAGAUUGACUGGUACAUGUGCAUUGUUCUUUGCUGCUCAAGGAGGCUAUUUAGACAUAGUGAAGGAACUGCUGGAGAAUGGGGCACCUGUUGACCUGCCCAGCUAUGAUGGAGGUACACCUUUAUUUGUGGCCUGUCAGUGUAACCACUUAGAUGUGGCUGAGGAACUGAUAGCCCGCGGAGCAGACAUUCAGGCAGAGAUGAUAGAUGGAGCCACUUCACUGUUCAUAGCAGCACAGAAUGGACAUUUGAAAAUGGUGAAAUUCUUACUCUCCAAGGGAGCAAAAGCCAAUGCAAGGAGAAAGGAUGGCGCCAGUGCUCUGUGGAUAGCCUGUCAGAUGGGGCAUGUCACAGUUGUGAAGGAACUCAUUGAUGCUGGUGCAGAGGUUGACUGUGUUAGAGAAGUAUGGCCAGAGGAACUUUCUUUGAACACAUUCUUUCUGCUGAAAGUUCCAUAUGCUAUAAGGAUUGUGAUCAAUGGACUUCUGAUGUUAGGAGGUUUGCUUGGCAUAGCUUUCUCUUCAUCUUUUGGCAUGGCCCUUGCAUGUAUUGUGGUAGCAGGGUCCAGUGCAGCAUUUGGAGAGAAGUAA